CAAAAAUGUAGUCUGUAUGCAAAUGACAUUUAGACGCGACGUGUUGACGUUUCGUUUUGUAAAUUUCUGCAAUUUUGCUUCGUGGUUUCACUUUUAAAUACGUGUCAAGUUAGUUUGAGCGUGUUUGGCUUUUAAAGCCUUUAAUUUUAAGAUACCAGACAAAUAUAACUAUUAAUCAAACAAGAUGGCCCCUAAACAGAGGAUGCGUAUUGCCAACGAGAUUGCCAGCAAAAACAUCACACAGAGGGGAAAUGUACCCAAAUCCACUAAGGAAAAGGAUGACCAAUAUCCGGUGGCACCGUGGUUGAUUGGUCUCUUCAUCUUCGUAGUGUGUGGCUCGGCUGUAUUCCAAAUCAUCCAAUCUAUUAGAUUGGCAUAAACUCCUCUGUGAUCCCCGACUGAUAACUUUAGAAACCAGUUGCAACCUGUGGCAUAGGUCAUCUUUGUCUCUAAUUGCUGAAGCGAGGUGUAAAUAUACCUUUUGCUCUCUUAUUAUUGUGCAAAGUAUGUUUAAUUUAUUUCUUUCAAAGUAUUUUGUGUAUGUACAAUAUUUCUAAAGAUCUUCAUAAACUUUGUUGUAUAGUUUGAAUUCAUUUUGUGUUACUUGUGCCACAUUGUCUUAAAAACACCUAUGCCACCUUGUGUCUAUUAAAUAUUUUGUGUUAAUAUAUAAAAUAUUUCAUACUUACAAGGUUCAUCAGCAUACAUACUACAUAGAUCACAUAGUUGCAUAAAAUUGGUAUAGUGUAAGUGCUGUUUUAAAUUAUAAUCUCAAAAAAUACUUGUAUAUGUACUAUAUUCUUGUAUAUUGUAAAUUAAAAAUGUAGGCUAGGAAUGCACUAUUUUUUUUUGUUUGACUAUUAAACAUGUGCUUUUGCUAUUAACUAUUGAAUGAGUGUUUAAAGAACUUUUCUUCAGUUUUAAUGAUUUUUUUUUUAUUACUUAUACUCUUUUUCGUUCAUGUCUGCAUGCUUAUUAUAACUUAUCAGAACAGUUCUAUGAAUCGAAGUAAGUGGAUUCCUAGCCCUAAUAAUGACGCAAUAUUUUACUAUUGUAGAAAUUUUGUGUAAGUACAGUCACUCGCAAAAAAAAGAUUACACCAUCUUGAAGUUUGUAAAAACUUAUGCGAACAUGAUUGAUAUUUUGUAACUAAAUCUUUGCAAUAGUGAACAAUUGUCGUACGAUAUUUCAAAAGCAUUUCGAUGUUUAUGAUAUAAUUGAAUUUAUUUUCCAUUCCUUAUUGUUGUAUAUGAUAGACGCACAAGAAAAUGACUUUGUGCGGCAAAGUUAUAAUGGUGGAUGUAUUUUAAUUAUUAUUAUUAUAGUCCAAUUUUAAUUAUUUAAAUGUUUUAUCCUCGCCACACAUGAAAUUAUUUGUCGGUUCUAUUUUUUAUUUUAAAUAUAAUUUAUUUGAUUAAAUACAGUAUAUUUGUCGA